CUAAUUUCACUUUCUACCGAUAACCUUUCUAAGCCAAACAAGUCAUUAGAGAAAAAAUUUUCAGUGAAUCGUUGAAAAUAAAAAGUGAAAUAAUAAGCAAAAAGAAAGAUUCGUUUUAAAAUGACCAAAAAGGUGAAGAAACCCAAUGAGGGGCUAACCAGGAUACAGAAGGAGUUGAGUCAGCUCCGAGGAGCUGUCAUUGAAAUGCGAAAGACGGCCAAGCAGUCGUCAGAGUCCUCCAGCAGGAAGUCGAGUCAGACGAUGGUUAAAGCAAGGAAGAAGACCACGAUUAAGAGAUCCUCGGAGGGUGACCAAAAACCAGUAGGAACCAAGGACAUCUCCUUUCGUCCAAGCCAACCAGAACCAUGUCCCAGUGUCGAGUCCCAGCCCACUUACGAAAUGCUGGCCGAGGUUAUCCUGCAGCAGGCGGAAAUCAUCGAAGAGCUGAAACAGGAGCUGCAGGAACUUAAGCUCCACUACGAGCGUCAGGUGUCCACCAUCAAGAACAACGCCCAGAUGUUGGAGCUUCAGCUGCAGAAGCUGCUGGCUAAGGCUCGACAGGAUCGGUGGGACCAACCCAAACACACCCACUGGAUAGGUGCCCAUUUUAACAACAUAACCAAUGCUGUCGAGGAGUUGCAUUCUUCUAGCCCCUCCAUUAAAGAAACAAAACAGAAACUGGGCAGGUUACUUCAGUCAAGGGCUUCCUCAACAUCUGACCAGAAAUGUUAAAAGAAGGAUGACCUUAUUUUUUAGGAUUUCUGAUCAGAUUUCAAGGAGUUGUAUUGUCUUAAGCCAAUAAAUUAUUUUACAAUUACGAGAAAAUAUAAGAGUUUUAAAGAAAA